AUGAGAGCAAAUUUUCCUGGUUUGAUUUUGAUAGUGGUUGCAGUUUUUCAACGAGGAUUUGCGAGCGAACACAGCGCCACUCAGGCCGAGGAAACCUCGUGUUCUAAGGGUCAUUGUUUUGCAGAAAAUGAAGGACCAUGCAAAGACGAUGGACAGCACAAAUUAUACCGCUGGGAUCCUGUGAAGGUUAGUCAGUCAGAAAAUGUUCACGAUAUGAUCAACCCUACAUAGCUUCAAAAUAAAUCGCCUACUCCUCCACGAAAUAGCACUAAGAAAAUUCCCUAAACUUUUUUUUGGCGGAAUGAAUUCAAAAGUUAUAAUCACCGCUUAUUUAAAGAAUACGAUUUCCUCUGAGUGUCAGAAUUGUUGUUUUCUAAGUAUUGCCAAUUUUUUUUCAAAACAGCUCUAAAAUCCUGUCAAAUUUUUUUAUGCUCGAGUAAAAUAACAAUAUCAACAAUUUCCGUGGAAAUUACAUAAUACAGACUCAGACGAUCAUUCAGUCAGCUAUUAACACGAUUUGUUCGAUUCGGUUGGGUUUUUUUUUCUUAUAUUAUUCCUUUUGAAUAAAGUUGCUGUCAUUUCAAAUCUCUCCACGACGUAAAAUCAAAUGAAAGUCAAUGAUGAAACUAAAAUUACUAGGCUCGAAAAAUCAGCCGCUGUUUGGGAGACGAGAUCAAGCUUCUCUUCCCAGGGAGGGGAGCGAGGGGGGUGGACAAGGACCGAACUCGAGAAAGCGGCGGAAACGAAGAAGGCAUAAACAGUUUAUAAACUCAUGUAGAAACUGAGCUACCGAAAAUCCGAUCAGUUCCUUAACUAAAAUUAUAAAGUUAUAAAUUUGUUAUAAUGAUGUGUAAACCAUCAUGGCAUUAUACUAUAAUCAUUUUAGAGAGGGAAAUAGCGCUCGCAAGCAAUUUUAAUUUCAACACCGAUUCUUUGGUACUUUGAUAAUCGCCAGCAGUUUUAUGUACCUCCGUGCCUGCAUUCAUGGUACUCUUGAUAAAAAUGUUAUUAUCCUUCUUAAGUGAGCAAAACGUUUGCAGUGCCAUUAGCACCGCAAUCCAAACAUGAGGUGCCUUGACCUGGUUAAGUCAACACAGUGGUCAAACGUGCGAACGUUGCAAUAGCGAGGUGGCGGGCUUCCAGGCCAUCAACCACAUAAGCCACCAUAUGAAGAUGUUCUUAAGCCGUGUGACCUUUUUGAUCACUCUCAGAAUAAAAUUAUAAAUCAAUAGGAUACCUGAAAUCAAAAAAAUUCUGUGUUCUUUUCCCUAUUUUUGUCUCCUCUAAUAGUUUCUAUGAACUUUCAAUUUUUUUUCACAUAUUUCUCGUGACAGUGGGUAUUUCUGAUAUUUCCUUUGGAAAUUUGCGCAGGAAAAUGGAGCACAGCCAGUCCGGCAAAAUUAAUCCCCAUGCGCUUGCACCACGCUUGACCGCUGUGUUGGUACUCUCUAUGUUUUAGGCUUUAAAAGCAACCGCUGUGCGGUAAAUGGAUGAUUCAGUUGACUUUGAAUCCCUCAGAAAAGUUAUCUUUCUUAGAAAAGUUUUAUGGAAUCUCAAGUUAAAAAAAUGCGUCUGCUUAACUGUAAUAGCAGAAACUUUGCUGCGUCCACAGGUUGGCUACGAACGAAAGGUCAGGCUCGAAGGAGAGAAGAUCUAUACCAUGAUCACCAGGGCUGUACAACCGGCGUUAUUUGGUACAGCAACGAAAAAAUUAUCCAUUCUAUUAGAGACACAGAUGUUUAUUUCUCAGAGUGAAUUUGUGUUAAGAGAAGCGCCAACCCCUUGUAAUCCAAGGAGUGAUCAAUGUUUACCUCUCCUCGUAUCCAGUAAACGGAUGAUGAGAAUUGAAGACUCAUCAGGUUUAAAUUGGGCGCUGUAACCUUGAUUUAAAACACCAAAUUCUCUUUAAAAAUAUGAGAGAACAUGCAAGGUACUCCAAAAGAGAAAAUAAUUGUGUCAAGAACUUGGAAGUUAGACAGUCAUGUUGGGCCACAAAUAAACUGGUGAAUCUGCUAUGGCAAAGGAUCUAAAAUUGUAGCCGAUUUUGAGGAAAUAAGUCCAUUUUUCACUCUGAUGCUCCUAAAAAUUGUCCCUCGUCAAUUCAGAGAGCUUCAUUGGCUCGCAAUAAAGACUGAAGCUGUUAACAUGAUUAAAUGAGUUAAUAUCGUCAACUGAGUCCUAAGCUUCUAGAAAGGGAUUGUGGGACUCUAAUCAUGUACUCGUCAGCUCCUGCACAAUAUAACGGUGUGGUUAGUAUUUUUUAAAAUCUACACACGAGAAACUACCUAAAACCAUUCAACAAAUGCAGCUGUAAAGAAGCCUUGUGUUCUCUCCAACUUACUCCUGUCUUUUGAUAUGUUUAUUUUCACUUCAUUUCAUUUAGAAAUUCCGGAUUUCUUGUCACCGGAAGAAGCCGAUCACAUAAUUGAUGUAGCUGAAUACGUUGGAUUUGCUAAAAGUGAUAUUCACUUGGACCCAGUAGCGAAACAGCACGGGAAAACAGUCAGAUCAACUGAAGGUAAAUUACAGGUUCAGCCCUAGGCGCUUCGGGCAGUCUUUGCUCGUGGUGGUGUUGCUGAUUACAGAUAUUCAGCCCUAACCCUGGCCUGGAACAAACACUUUACUUUGCAAAUCUUUCCGGAGAAAGAAAUUUGCAAUCAAAAGAAGAAAAAGUUCGGCUGGAUUAGGCAAAGAUAUUGAUUACUUUGGGUUUCACAAAAUACCCGCAAAUGAGUAAUACCACUAAAAUGUAGUUCCUUACAAGAUGAUUUUGUACUUUCGACUUUAAACAGGCCACUCAAAUAGCUCUGCUGGAUAUUUCCUUAACUGGGACUUCGAUCGAGAUUACGAAAUUACAAAAGAUGAGGUGAGCUCGUAUUCUCUACGUUCACUGAAGCUAGUCAAUGAACUUAGACCAAUUGGACCUAACUGAGGUUUAUCUCAUCGCGGGUGAGGAAGGAGUAGGUGGUAUCAUCCAAGAAGCAGUAACUAGUAUGUAAUGAACUAUGAAACUGCAAUUUCCCUUAUAUCAUUGCUUUUUACCCGGGGGAAUCAAUUUGUUGAAGGAGUUAAGACACUACAUUUUGAGUCACGCGUAAUUUCACGGAGAACUGCAUUUGAAUGGAAAAUAAUCGUAAAACGAUUAAGUUUUAUUACUGUAGUCAGGUAAAGGCUGAAGGGAAAGUUAAAGCUGAUAUAAAACGUAACAGCCAUGAUCAUAAUAAUGAUGGUGAUGAUGACGAUGAUGACUAUGAUGAUGAUCAUUGAUUGUCAAUAACUUGAUGAUAGUUGAUGAUGGUUGAUGGUAGCUUAAACUUUCAUUCACUAUCUUUAACUAUCAUUUUUGCGGUCAUCGGUUCAUGAUAGUUGAUCAUAGUUGACAAAAUCAGUCCAUCAGAUCGCAUAAUUAUAAACAAACAUGGCGCGCGUUGAGGUGGCAUUUGAAAUGUGAGUCAAGAAGUUGCGAGUUGAAGAUACUGAAGCCUACCAGGGGAUGAGGAGAAUGAGGUACGAGAACAUUCCGCGAAAUUUUGAAGGCUAUUUUAGUCACAUUACUACUAGCCAUUUCGGUUUGAGCCCGUUUUUGGCAAGACUGCGGACCGAAGAAACUAUCAUUUAUUAUCAUCUGCUCGUUCAAACGACAAAAACUAUCAUCAACUAUCAUGUAGAAUUUGAAUAUCACCAAAUUACAUAAUAAUUGAUAAUAGUCGAUUAUAGAUAAUAGUUCGUGUUCAAACGCGCUUGGUAGUCGAUACUAUCAUGAGUGUUUGAACGGGGCUUUACUUGAAAAAUGCACAUUUUGUCCUGGUUCAAAUUUUUAAUAUUAGAUUUUUCGUUUUUGGAAAAAAAAUCACGGCUAGGACUUUCUGAUGAAGAAUUUGAAACACAACGUACACAUAUCCAUACUUGAUUACGCAUUAUAUGAAACCAUUUGACUUUCUAUUUGUUUCACAGGUGAUAAUAUUUGCUAAAAAGUUUAAACAUCUUUAUCUUUCACCGAAAGAGGUGGAUGAAAUGUAAGUUAAAUUUUCAUUAGUUCAUUUCUUUGUUUACCUACCCAUAGAGUAAAUUACGGCAUAACUAUGAUUAACUCAUUUGUUUUACAGGAUAGAAAAUCUGGAGUUGAAAGAAUUCGAAGACGGUAAGCACGAGAUAUGGUAGAUAAAAUCAAGUUAGAUAGACCAUUUCUCGGGUUUUUCUUCAAGCCAAUACGAGCGCUUUGUGUCUGUCCUAUUUGAAUGAAGAGUUAGAAGGCUUGAAUGGGAAAGAAUUAAACUUCAGAUCGCGAGGUUUUUCUUGUAAAAGCGAUUUUUUUAAAUUCUCUUUCCGAAUUCGCUCAUAUCAGUUUCACAUACACUGUUACGAAGCGGUCUGGGUGCUCACUCGCUCUCCCUUAUUUCGAUUCUCGACCCAAACGAAGCCAAUCGUUUUCUAGGAAUUCUACUAGGAAUGCCAAACGUGACCUAUAUUUGCGAAAGACUAUUGAAAAGAUGUUCGGAAAACAGUUUUAAAAAAAUGAACAUUGUGAUGAAGUGGCGCGGAAGCUCAUAGCUUUCAUGGUACACAUGACACUAAUUUUUAUCAGUUUUCAACAGGCAAAGUAGAAUACCCCGAGUGGAGGACAUUUAAAACACACGCCAUUGACAUGUACAUGAAUGAUAUGAAAGAGAAACAUCCUCAUCACAGAGAUCGCUUCAGUGAUCAAGUGUGGCUCUUUCAGACAGCUGAAGCAGAUGAUGUUUUAAGAAGACUAAGAGAACGGUAAGCUUACAGAUCAUUCCAACACAUGAUCCUGCUUUUCCAAUUUUUGCAAAUAAGCAUGCGUGUAAAAUGUUGGGAAGACUGACAAGUCUAGGGUAAUAAUUAUUUGCACCGAGUUACUAUGAAAAAUACCAGUCUUUCAGUUUUGAGUCAUCUUCAUUGGUUGCAAGACUCAAUGAUAGUGUUUUUUAGUUGUGAUUGGACAAUUUUAUUUCCGUCUUGAAAGUCAAGUCACUCUAGGGGCCUCUUAAGUAAUUUUAAAGUUGACAAGAAGUUUCUCACGGGGAUGGUUGUUGUUGCAAAGCACAAUUGCUUUAAGAAAUCUGUUUUAAUCCAAAAGUUUAUUUUUGAAUUUUGUUUCCAGCGUUUACAAGCUUACUCGUCUUCAGAAGGGAAUUGUUUAUGGAGGUGAGCCUCUACAGGUAAAACUCAGUUUCGAGCUUACUUUUAAAUUUGAAAAUUAAGAAAUAUCACGAGGUAUUUGCAUCUGUACCAGAACUUAGCUGUUUGAUAUCUGGUUUAUUCUAGGUCGUCAAAUAUGGUCCCCAUGGCCAUUAUCAUGCUCAUUAUGACAGCUCCAGAAAAAGUGAUUACCCGGAUGGAACCAAAUGUUGUCACUACGACCUCAAAAAUGCACGUUUGGCUAAAUGUAGAAUCUGCAGGUACGAAGCUUGUUACUCCUUUCAGCAGUCCGUCCUGUUUAUUAGCUGAUCAAUGUUUCCAUUAUAGAGGAUAUAAACCAUCCUCAAUGCCAGCUGAGGUAGUUUCUUUUGUCAUUUAUAGGAGAAGCUUGCACCGGAAAUGAUACUUAUAAUUUUCAUCGCCGUCUUUAAAAAGUAUAUGAAAAGUUAUGUUAUUGACCGUGUUUGGAAAUUCCAAAGAGUAACCUAAAUUUUCAAGAAACUAAAAGUAUCACUUAAUACGGCGGUUUAUGUUAAAAGAAAACAGUUGAGACCGCGAUCACCACAGUAGUCGUGUUUUCGAACUGUGCGUUUUGCCUGUCGCCUUUCAGUUUCAACAACACGCAAUGCCUGGCCGCUUUUCUAUGACUUAACAGCCCUCAGGUCACAUCAUGGCUACACUUGAACGGAAUAAAUUCAAUCGGAGACUCGAGUCAAAAGAAAACAGUGGAGGCUGAUCACCACAGAAGUAGCUGUUUUUGAACCACGCAUUUUGCUUCCCGCAAUUCAAGUUCAAUUCCAAUACGUGAUGCCUGUGUGUUCAGGUUACUGAUUUGGGAUAAGCUGUACGAAAUGUUACUUCGUCAUGUCUUGUAAAGUUAUCACUUACAUAAUUUGAUAUGCUUGAAUGAAAACGAGUUUUUUUAACUGCACAGGUACAUAACUAUUCUUUACUAUCUAAAUGACGUGGAAGAAGGAGGUGAAACAGCUUUUCCUGUAGCAGAUAUGAAAAAUUUUAAUGAAACAGUGAGUAAAGCUUGUCAUGAUUCCUUAUUAACAUGAACUGAUGUACAAAUACUUGCUCUAUAGCUACUUGUACACACACACGCGCACACUCACACAAAAAGAGAAAUGAAAGGAAGAAAACAAAUGAAAUUAAUAGAUGAGAACAUUAUUGACAACAUCGCCAUACUCGCCUACGGUUCGUGCGCACGAUAACAUGGAAUUUAAUUGUUGACUGGCCAAGAUAAUUAAGGAAAUCUUUCUCUACCGGUGAAAAAUAACUAAAAUAAAUAAGCGUGCUUUUAUCUCCUAGGAAUUUAGGGACCGCAAAGACGGCGAUCGCUUCAAUUUAAAUGAAUAUUGUCUAACAGCCAACAUCGUUGUUCCUGCCAAGAAAGGAAAAGCUAUCAUGUGGUAUAACUAUGAACUGGAUGGAAAAACCGGCUGGAUGAACCACAGAGACGAUAGAUCAUUACAUGGGGGAUGCAUCGUGAAGAAAGGCAUCAAAUACAUAGCCAAUAACUGGCUCCCAGCCCCCGAGAAUGACUCUGCUCAUCUUAUCAGUGAAUAUUUUCGAGACCCGGAUGAAGAAUAA